AUGGACGAUGCGCGGCAUCCGUCGAGCGCGGCCGCGGUACAUCUACCAAGGUCGGACUUGUCGAGUAGCUGUUCAUCUAUCGAGCUUCCUGCCGAUGCAGUGUUGACACUGAGCAACGGAGAAACAAUUACCUUGGCCGCCGCUGCAGUCUUUGAACCUUCUUGCACAACUUUACCUAUCACCGUCAGGCCGGCCAUUAUUGGGAAUAAUGCCAUUAGCAUUGAUGAAACGACCUCGACAACCGGGUCCUCCGCCGACCCAAAAUUCUCAGAUUUUCGUGAUCCCUUUUACGCCUCAACAUUUCCGCAAUGUUAUGCACUCGCCGCAACAACAAUCAUUGCUUACAUGUUAGUCAUCGUGUUACUGAUCGCACCCCGAUCAUUUCUGGACGGAGGAGUUGUUGUCUUGGGUCGGAGAGGAUUCACGAAUGGACCAUCAAAUGGCGUUAGCAUUGGAGGACGGCCAUGGCUUCAAAAGGUCGCCGCUCUUACUGUUGCCAUCUCUUUGACGAUCGCCAGUGCUGAUACGUUCCGGGUUGCUGAGGAACAAUAUGCCACGGGCAUCCAGAACGCCCAAGUGCUUCAGGAUGAAGUUUUGGACGGAACUCAGCUCAAGGUUAUUCGCCUUAUUUCCGAUACGUUCCUCUGGCUCGCGCAAGCUCAGACUCUGAUCCGCCUCUUUCCGCGCCAGCGCGAAAAGGUGAUUAUCAAAUGGGCUGCCUUUUCUCUCAUCACAUUGGAUGUUAUAUUUGGUGCUCUCAACAGCUUCCUAUACAACGGACCUGGAAAUGUGAGACCCAGCAAUUUUACCGAUGCCGUACCGGCGUUGAGUUAUCUAUUUCAACUUUCACUCGGGCUUCUCUACGCUGCCUGGGUCAUUUACUAUAGCUUCAUGAAGAAGCGUUAUGCCUAUUACCAUCCCUUGAUGAGAAACAUCAGCUUAGUUGCUGUGCUCUCAGUCAUAUCGAUUCUCGUUCCCGUCGUCUUUUUCAUUCUCGACAUAUCCAAGCCGGACUUUACUGGAUGGGGUGAUUAUGUGCGAUGGGUUGGAGCCGCAGCAGCCAGUGUUAUUGUGUGGGAGUGGGUCGAGCGCAUUGAAGCAUUGGAAAGAGAAGAAAAGAAGGAUGGUAUUUUGGGGCGGGAAGUUUUUGAAGGGGAUGAGAUGAUGGAUGGACUUGGCACCGAUUUCGUAUGGCCCCGACGAAGAAGGACAAAGAAGUCAGACGAUGACGACAGUGGCGAGAGUGGUCAGGGAAGAAGUGCAAGAACUGCCUCGACAGGACGAAGCAACAUGUGGCCUGCAAUGUCUUCCAUUGCUAGUCGCUACAAGUCCCGAUCUGGUAGCAACACUGGUGAGAGAGAGGCAAAUGCUGACAACACAGCCCAAGCCACGGGCAGGUCAGCAACUCGCUUACUUCAGCCGCCGUUAUGGAUCUCUCGCCCACCACCGGCAGUGACGCCGCCUAGCCGGACAGAUACAGCCAGUGCUGACAGCACAGUGUAUGCCGUGCGCUAUCAAGUUGGAACGGAAACUGCUUCGCGGACGACAGAUGAAAGACCAGAUCGGCCUCUAUCACGGACCAACAGUCGAGUCUCCUCGAAUCCUCAAAACGCGCCAGCUAGCCCGCCAGCAGUAAAUGUAGCUGACUCCAAUCCUCCGAUCACUGAGACAACAGCAAAGACCGACGGGUGGCGAUCCCGCUUCGGACUGCGUUCUGGUGCUAACGCACCGCCCGCCGAGGUUUUACCGCAUACGCAGAAGUCUCAGCCUGCUCCGCGUGAAUAUGAGAGUCGAGGUUGGUGGGAUAUCAGGGACCGAUGGGAAGACUUUGCUGCUGUGCAAGCCGAAAGGAUACGGGAAAAGCUCAAACCGACUCCAGACACAGACAGUCUCGAGGUGACCGUCAUUCCUCCUCCACCUCGGCGCGGUGCUGCACUCGCCCAGGUUUUGGAAGAGGAAGAACGAGAGGCUAUCAGCAAUUCGCAAAGUCCCAGAACGCCUCAUCCACCCAUGAAUAUUCGGAGCAAUAGUAAUACCUCGACUGUACCGAGACCAAUGCGAAGCCCGGUAUCGAGAACAGACGGAAUCCAGCUCAGGACUUGGAGACAAGACAGCGUCGACUCACCAGUGUCACCAGUCACACCUCGAAUGCGGACAGGAGAACAUUCGUCAAGCGGGACUCCGGUCUCACCAUUGUCUCCUUCCGCACCCAGACGACCUAUAGAUGACGUCUUUGAUGACGACCAUUCGAGGUCUUGA